CGUUGCACAUCUCCAAAGACAGCAUCGCUUUAGAGGACUGUUCUCACUCACUAUGCUUUUCAAGGAUUAUAAGCUUCUUGUCAUUAGCGUCAAUAUCUUGGUGAUCGGAUUCAUAAUAUACACAAUAAUCGCCAUCAGUUAAAUCAAUGGGGACUGGGCCAGAAAACAACAAAGCCAGAUAGUGAACUAUUACUAACUGAAGUGCUACCAUGUAAGUUUCUUACUCUUAUUCUACGAAGUAGGGAAAGGCAAAGGAGUCGCUAUAAUGGACCUAUUUUUGCUAAGUAUCAAAAAAUGUUAGCAUACUUAUAUAGUACAGCAUAGUACAUAUGAUACUUGCCGAUCAUAAUAAAAGAUGUUUCUGUUUCUGAAGCUAAAGUGCACGAAUUAGCGAUUGCAGGGGAAUUUUCGUUUGGGAGAUAAGCGUUUAACUUGGAACUAUGUACUUUCUUUCUAAUAUGUCACAUUGCAUUCAAUAUUUAAACAUCGAGAAGAAUGGAUCGCAAGGUAUUGUAUAUUUGUCGGGACUGCAAUGCAUCGAUCUACCUAUAUUCACUUGCUAAGGAUCGUGUAUACCAGAGUCCUUCUUUCGGCGAGUACCACAAAUAUUGCACCAACUCAAAGAAUCCAUGGGAGCGAUCCUGUAAAAAUGCUAUUUGGGUGUGUGAAAAUUCCUAUCAUUCAACCGCUGAAAGUGUUAAUCAUGAAAAUAAUGAUUGCAAGUCCAAAUCGAAAUCACCGAAUCAAAUUGAAACAAGAUACACCAAUUUGCUUGACUUAGAGAAGCGUAAAGAGGCACUAGAGACGCAUCUCAAAACAUGUCCGGAUUUGGUACAAAGAGCCACUGUCGCAGAAGCCAACAUUUCUGCCACGAAAUACAAAGCAGCGCAUGCAUCCAUGCUUAAUCGGCGAGUGAUCAUACCUAUUGCAGCUCUAGUUUUGUCAAUAAUAUUAAUCGGACUGCUGUUGUUAACUGAAGGAAGGACUGGAUUUUUCAACACAAACCAGGGGUCAUUGCAAAUGCUUCCAGUAAAUUCUAACCUGGCGGAUGAUAACGUGGGAGGUGGCAAGAUAUUGCGAAUUGUUCCACGUGAUGCCUGGUUAGCCCAUCCAUCUUCAAGUGAUCCGUUACCUUUAGCGACGCCCGUCAAAAAAGUCAUUGUCCUACCUACGCGCACUGAUGAUUGCGAAACUCAGGCCAUGUGCGUUUACCGGGUGCGCAUGACACAAACUCUAAACAUCGAAUCUCAAAAUCACGAUGAUAUUAUCUACAACUUUCUAAUCGGCGGCGAUGGCAAUGUCUAUGAAGGUCGUGGAUGGGAUGCGAUCGGUGCGCAUUUGCGCGGCUUCAAUUCGGAUAGUAUUAGUUUUGCCUACAUUGGUACCUUUAAAAAGCAGAAACCUUCGGAAAAGCAAAUGGACGUCACCAAAUUGCUGCUUGACGAAGGUGUGCGACUUGGUAAACUCUCACAAGAUUACAAGAUAUAUGGAGCAUAUAUGUUGGAUCCGACUUCGACGGAUGUUCAGUCAGAUGAGUUGUACAACAGCUUCAAGGGUUGGCCACAUUGGUCUGAAUACAUAGCUCAGUAAGACACAAUAUAUGUGUACAUAUGUUGUAUAUAUGUAUGUGUCAUUGGAAUCUAAACAAAUGUUUAUAAUAUUUUU